AUGCGAAAGAAAGCAACUGUAAACAUUCGAAACACUGAUGAAAAAUGUUUUCUUUGGUGUGUACUCAGAUAUCUUCAUCCAAGAGAGAAGAAUGAUAUAAGAUUAACAGACUUGAAGCAAUAUGAAAAUGAACUUAAUACUAAAGGAAUGAACUUUCCAGUUAAAUUAAAAGACAUCAAAUUUGAAACUCAAAAUCCAACAAUACCAGGGAUAAACGUGUUUUUGGUUAAUGAGAAUAAUAAGUUUUAUCCUCUGAGAAUGGCCAAACGAGACCCCCAAAAUACAAUUGACCUGUUCCUUUACGAAGAGGAUGGAAAAUGCCAUUAUUCACUUAUUAAAAACUUUUCAAGUCUCUUCAGAUCGCAAAUAGCAUCGCCAACAAAUGGACAAAUUUAUAUUUGCAAGAAAUGUUUUACUCACUUCUCAAAAGGGGAAUUAUUUCAAAAACAUAUUGAAUAUUGUUCAUCCAAUGAAAUAGUUGCCGUGAAAAUGCCACCAAGAAACUCAAAAUUAUGUUUUAAUAAUUACCACAAACAACUUCCAAUUCCUUUUGUAGUUUAUGCCGAUUUUGAAUGUUUUACUAAACCGAAAUGCACUUGUUGUCCAAAUCCAGAGGAUUCUUAUAAUUACAAUUAUCAGAAACAUGAGCCAUCAGGAUUUUGUCUUUAUAUCAAAGGAUUAGAUGCUGAAAUAACAUUUAAACCAAUUCUUUAUACAAAAACCAAUAGUGCUGAUGACAUUCCUGCGAUAUUUGUUUCUAAACUUGCAAAAGUAACAAAUAAGAGAUACCAAGAUUUUUAUUGUCGUCCAAUACCUCUUAAAUUAACACCCGCCGAACAAGAAUCAAGCGGAAACCUGUCAUAUUUGUAAAAAAGAAUUAUUAACUGAUAAAGUUCGAGAUCAUUGUCAUUUUACUGGUAAGUAUCAUGGAGCUGCACAUAAUAGUUGCAACUUGCAAUGUCUGAAGCCAAUGAUUCUUCCAGUGGUGUUUCACAAUCUUCAAGGGUAUGAUGCACAUUUGUUUUUUUAAACAGUUGUCUCGUUUGCCAGGUGACCUCUCCUGUAUUCCUUCGACAGAAGAAAAAUAUAUUUCGUUUUCCAAAAAGAUAAAAGUUGAUGAGUACAUAUCUCGUCGCACUGGAGAAACAGUUUCAGUGAAUUUUGAAAUAAGAUUUAUUGACUCUUAUAAGUUUCUUCAAACAUCUCUUGCCAAUCUUGUUAGAAAUUUACAACCAGAUGAUUUUCACAACACAAAGGCUAUAUACACUCAAAACAUAGAAUUGUUAACUCGUAAAGGAGUUUAUCCAUAUGAUUAUGUUUCAUCAAUUGAGACUAUUCUAAACUAAAUGAUGAAGACAUAACUGAUGCUGAUUACCAACACGCACUCAAUGUCUGGAAUACUUUUAAUUGUAAAACUAUUAGUGAUUAUCAUGACCUCUAUCUAAAGACUGAUGUCCUCUUGCUGGCAGAUGUACUUGAGAAUUUUCGAAAAACUUGUUUCCGCCAUUACAAUUUAGAUCCCGCGCAUUACUAUACAUCUCCUGGGCUAGCCUGGGAUGCAUGCCUCAAAGAAACAGGCCACGAAUUACAACCGUUGCAUGAUUAUGACAUGCUGAUGAUGUUUGAGCGCGGUAUUCGCGGAGGAAUAACUCACAUUGCAAAGACAUAUGCAGCGGCAAAUAACAAAUACAUGACUAAUUAUGACCCUAGUAAACCGUCUACUUAUAUUCAAUACCUUGAUGCUAAUAAUCUCUAUGGUUGCGCAAUGUCGCAACCACUUCCUACACAUGGGUUUAAAUGGCUAAAAGAUUUAACUAUAGGUUGUGUAAUUAAUUUGUUAGAGCGCCUAAAGACAAAUAAGGUGUAUAUAUUUGAGGUUGACUUGGAAUAUCCUCGUAAACUGUGGGAGCCACAUAAUGACUAUCCUCUUGCGCCAGAGAAGACUCUCGUAAAUGGAGUAGAAAAACUAACUGGCUCUUUUAAACCCCGAAAAAAACUAUGUAGUACAUUAUCACAAUCUCAGAAUGUAUCUUGAGAUGGGAAUGAGAUUAACUGCUGUUCACAGAGGAAUAUCAUUUUACCAAUCUCCAUGGAUGGCGUCUUAUAUUUCAAAAAAUACAGAACUUAGAAAGACUGCAGCAAACAGUUUCGAGAAAGACUUUUUCAAACUAAUGAAUAAUUCAGUGUUUGGCAAAACAAUAGAAAACAUUCGAAAGAGACAAAAUAUAAUACUAGUAGAUAACCGAAAGAAAGCCUCACAACUGUCAACAAAACCAAACUUUGAUCGAGCAACAAUAUUUGAUCGUAAUCUUAUUGCUGUUCAUAUGAAGAAAACUGAAGUGUAUUUUAACAAACCGAUAUAUGUCGGACAAGCAAUACUGGAUCUGUCGAAAACACUAAUGUUUGAUUUUCAUUAUGAUUACAUUCGAGAGAAAUAUAAUGAUGCAGCAGAGUUGUUGUUUACAGAUACAGAUAGCUUGUUGUAUUUAAUUCAUACGGAUGAUUUUUACAAAGAUAUAUCUAAGGAUAUUAAGCGCAAGUUUGACACAUCUGAUUAUCCUGAGAGCCACCCAUCUGGCAUACUAACACGAGUAAAUAAGAAAGUAAUAGGUAUGUUUAAAGAUGAAGUAGCUGGCCGUCAGAUUGCUCAUUUUGUUGGGUUGAGACCAAAGCUUUAUAGUUUCAAAGUUGAAGACGGGAGAUUAACCAAAAAGUGUAAAGGGGUACAGAAAAAUGUUGUCAAACGUGAAAUCUCAUUUGAAGACUAUGUCCAGUGUUUGUUUUCUGGUGAAAAAAAAGAUGAAGUCGAUGAAUAUUAUUAG